CGUCCGUCCCGAUGGCUUCAACUACGCCUACGAGACCGACAACGGCAUCCAAGCUCAGGCCGAGGGUGUUGUCCAGGACGUGAACUCGGUGAGUUAUUCUACGCUGACGUGUCCCACGUGGUCCGCUCCGGCGAGCAGGCCGCCGAGGUCAUCAGCUCUGUGUCUGACGUCCGUCCCGAUGGCUUCAACUACGCCUACGAGACCAACAACGGCAUCCAAGCUCAGGCCGAGGGUGUUGUCCAGGACGUGAACUCGGAAUACCCUAAACAAGUUGUCCGAGGCUCCUACAGCUACCGCGGAGAUGAUGGCCAGACCUACCAGGUUAACUACGUCGCUGACGAAAACGGCUUCCAGCCCGAGGGCGCCCACCUCCCCGUAGCCCCAGCAAUCCCUGAGGCCAUCGUGCGCUCCAUCGAAUACAUCCGCACCCACCCUAGUCAGGAAUCCGUCCGCUCCGCCGCCCCAGUCGUCUCUGCCCCCGUAGUCUCCGCUGCCCGCGCCGUUGUUGCUCCUGGCCGCGUCGUUGCCACCGCUGCUGCCAGCCCCUUCAGAAAACCCAACAACCAGUUCGGCCGCUUCUAAAUAAACGAUUGAUUUCCAUUAACCACUGCCAGUAGUUAUUAUUAAUAAAUGUAAUUGAUUGAA